CCGAAAGCAUCCGUGGCAGAAAGUAGUCCGUAAACUACGCAACUGUUUUGGCCCUCGAGUUCCGGAAAGCGUCGGUAGCCAUUAGGGCUCUCCGCAGGAGGUGCCGACGUCUUCGCCUGCUCGGGUCGCUAUCCCGACUGAGUAGUCGCCGCCUACAUCGGAUUUGGCGAAGAAGAAGAAGAGGAAAAAAGUGCGUGUGUCGUGUGUUGUGCACCGUCGGAGUGGUGGUGGCAGUGGUGGUGCCUGCGGCGGCGGCCGCAGCGCAGGAUGGCUCCGACUAGUUCAGCGCUGUCUCCUUGUGGUCACCGGGACUCGCAUCGGUGAUCGCACGACGGCAACAUCACCACUGACGUGUGCCUAAGCCUACAAGUGUGUGUGGUUUCGGCUCCGGCCGCGCACGUUGCUCGGCUGUCGUGCAAUCGGGCACGAAGAAUGAUGGAUUCCUCGAGACAUCCAGCGGGGCCCAUCGACCGGCCGCGGUGAAUCCAGCGGCCAAUGCCUGGGACACGUCGUCGCUGCUGUGGCUGCCGGACAUGCUGAGGGGCAACAGGCAGCCGAAGGAGCAGCCUGACGAGUGUGGCGAGCCAAGCCGAAGGCCGUGCAAGGCCAGGCAGCAGCAGCCGCCACCGCCGCCCUCGGUGCGACAGCCGGCCGCUCGUCGCCGCACGCCGCCUGAUGGCGGCCCCAGUCGGCGGCCGGCGGCCAGCUCGACUCGCGCUAGACCCGAACCGGCGGUGGCGGCGCGAGGUUUUCGCUACGUGACGGUGCAGCAGCAGCAGCGCCGUACGGCGCCCCGGCGAGCCAUCGAGCUGGAGGACACCGCAGUGGUGGACUCCUCUGCAGUGGUGGAUGAUGAGCGGCGUGACAGUGCGCCGUUGGUGAUGGUGCGUGAUGGUGAUGACACUCUUGUGCUUGAGAGUAGGCCCGAGGACGGUGCCGCUUUGGAAAAAGCCGCAUCGGCCAUCGUGGUCAACGCUGAUGAGGACGUCCAGGCCAGGGACACAUCGCCCGAUGGCCGCUUUCUUAAGUUUGAGGAAGAAAUUGGCCGUGGAUCCUUCAAGACCGUGUACAAGGGGUUGGACACUGCCACGGGGGUGGCAGUCGCCUGGUGUGAAUUGCAGGAACGUCUCAACAAGAGUGAGCGGCAGCGCUUUCGUGAGGAGGCCGAGAUGCUGAAGGGCCUCCAGCACCCCAAUAUUGUGCGCUUCUUCGACUACUGGGAGGUGAACACAGCCAAGCGCAAGUUCCUGGUGCUCAUCACGGAGCUCAUGACGUCGGGCACGCUCAAGACAUACCUACGCCGCUUCAAGAAGAUUAACAUGAAGGUGCUCAAGUCGUGGUGCCGUCAAAUUCUCAAGGGCCUGCACUUCCUGCACUCGCGGCCGCCACCCAUCAUUCACCGGGACCUCAAGUGUGACAACAUCUUCAUCACCGGCACCACUGGCUCAGUCAAGAUUGGAGACCUGGGGCUGGCCACCCUCAAGAACCGCUCGUUUGCCAAGAGUGUCAUUGGCACUCCCGAGUUCAUGGCCCCUGAGAUGUAUGAAGAACACUAUGAUGAAUCUGUGGAUGUGUAUGCCUUUGGCAUGUGCAUGCUGGAGAUGGCCACAUCGGAAUACCCUUACUCGGAGUGCAGCGGGCCGGCCCAGAUUUACAAGAAGGUCACCACGGGUGUACGGCCCCAGUGCUUUGACAAGGUGGAGAGUGCCGAGCUACGAGACAUCAUCGGCCAAUGCAUACGGCUCAAGAAAGAGGAAAGGCCAACUGUCAAGGAGCUCCUGCAGCUGGACUUCUUCCAGGAGGACAUGGGCCUGAAGGUCGAAUUUGUGAACCGUGAGGAGAGCCUGGCAGGUGGUGCUGACAAAGUGGAGCUGCGGCUGCGUGUGCUGGACCCCAAGAAGCGCAAGGACAAGCACCGCGAGAACGAGGCCAUCCAGUUUGAGUUCCACGUGGAGAAUGACAACCCGGACGAGAUAGCCAAGGCCAUGGCCCUGACGGGCAUCAUAAUGGAAGAGGACGCCCGCAUUGUGGCCAUGCUCAUUCGAAACCAGAUUGCUGCCCUGGUGCGAGACCGGCAGCACCUACAGGUGCCUCCUACCACGCUGGUGACUCAAGCUACGUCACCCCAGGCUGGGGCUGUGCAAUCACCACAGCAGCCAGUGGCUGACGUUCAUACCGAGGCAGCCGACAUGAGUGAGCAGGGCACACAGCCACCUGCCCACAUUGUGCCUUUAAGCAUUGCUGAGAGCGCCCUGUCAGCUGAAGGCUCUCCAGAAGACACCCUCCAUGCGCCUCCAGUGGAUUCGGCCCACCGCACAGUGCCCCUGCAGAGUGCCUUCGUGCCCCUCGUUGUGGCCUCGAUGGCUGGCCAGCAGCCUCCCACACAGCAACCACAGUAUGCAAGCGUCGUUCCGGCAGUGCCCGUCACCUCCCACACAAGUGCAACCCCUCAGGCUACGACGCAGGUUUCAGCAGCGCCUCCUCCGCAGCCAGCACCACCGAGUGGAGCAGCGACGGAUGCACAGCAGCAGCAGCCGGCUGCGCAGGUAGGAGGUCGUGUGCGUCCACCACCACUGAGCGAGCUUCCCCGAUUGGUGCAACUGGUCAGGGGCAGCCCCCAGAGCCCUGCCAUCCUAGUGUCCCCCCCGCGAUCAUUUACGCCGGUCCCAGCGUGUGUUGCCAAUGGUGACGUGUUUGCACCGAGCGCAUUUGAGCUGUUGCCGCCACCCGCGCGCCGCAACUCACGCCAGCUGGUGGCGUCUGCACGCUCGCUAUCGGCCAAUGACCUGAGCGCCAGCUGCGCUGCACUGGAGCCGCGUCGAGAAGUGGGAACGUCGCUGGAUGCAGAACGGCUCGAAGCGACACUGCUGGGCCGUGAGAUGGAGCAGUCGUUUCGUGCGUCGGGCCGCCGAAUCAUGGCACAGGGUGUGACAACCAUAGCCAGUGUGCGUGGGGGCAGCCUGGUGAGGAGCACCUUUUCUGCCGAGGCAGCCAGCCGCAAGCUUUCAGUGCCCGACCCUCCGCCAGCAUCGGCAGUGCCCCUGGCCCGUCCUGCAUCGUGCCACCAGCUGAGCACCAUCCUGGCAGGCAGUGCCAAGGAUGAACUCCAGUCUUUGGCUCACGACGCGGAAACCAUGCAGUCCCCACCGACAGUCAUUUCAACCCAGCUCUACGAUGACCUGCGUGGUGACAGUGCAUCUGCUCUGGACUCUGCAAGCGAGGCAAGUGACCUGACCGACUCGAGUGCACGAGAGAAGGCACGCAAGAAAGUGACCAAGCGACGACGAGUGGCCCAGGUGGAGCAGCGCUGGCCUCGUCUGCUGGUCCUCUCGGUCGAAAGCGGCUCGGUGGUCGAGUGCCAACUCGAGUCGUCCAAGGGGAAGACAGUGACCUUCAAGUUUGAUAUACACGACAUGUUUCCACGGGACAUUGCCAACAACCUGGUGGUGACAAAUCUGCUUGCUGAGCAGCAUGCAGACAUGUUUGUGGAGCAGGUGCAGGACAUUGUGCAGCAGCUGAAGGAGCACCCAGAGCGACUGCCCAUUGUGUCCAGCCAACCCACUGAUGGGCGGCUCAGCUUCGAAAACAUGGAGAACAGCAGCAUUAUGCCAGCAGCCAUCCGUCCUGCUGACAAGGAAUUGAGCGAGCCACCUGGGUCGUGUCAGGGUUCACCAGUGCGCCAGCUCAAGCCAUUGACAGCUCAACUUCAGCAGGCUGCCACUACUGGUCAUUUGGCACCGAGUCCUGUGGAGGAGCAGGCGCCCACAUUGUUCCCGCCCUUGCAAAGCAGCCCUCCAGUUGUUGCCAUGGUACAGCCUCCUACGCCAGUCACCAAGGUGGUUCCUGAAGGGGAUUCCAGCUCACGGUUGGGGUCGCCCUGCGGGGACGACACACAGACUCCACUGAGCUGCUCCUCCUCCGUGGCCAUGGCUGCUAAUGCCACCCCUCCCUCCUCUUCCAUGGCUAGUGCUCCACAUGGGGAAGCGCGGCCAGCAGCAGCAGCAGCAGCAGCAGCAGCAGACGCAGCCACACCCCACACCACCCCGCACGCAUUGAGCAGCGAGAACAGCUUCUCUGAGCCAGAGCCUGGAGGCGCACUUCCCCAACAAGCGUACACCGUUGUCUCAGAUCUGGGCCACUUGCAGCAGAAGUUGGUGGAGCUGACCACCCCAUGCACUCACUCAGCCACAGACACUGGGUUAGGCGAGAGCCCUGCAGCCAACGUGGCCACUCCUGUUGAGCCAGCAGCUCCUGCUUCACCCAAGCAUGUGGCAGCACACAGUGUGGCAGUGUCUGUGGCUGCUGUGUCAACAACCCCUGCUGUAGUGACAGUGGCACCAUCCAGCUCGCGGCCUUCAUCAGUGCCACCUGAGCGCAAGCCUGCAGUAGCCACCAACCUGGAGGACUUGAAGCUGGAGCUGCAGAAAUUGCACGGCAACACCAUGAAGAGUAACAUUGAGCAAGGACUUCAGGCCAUAUUCUCACAGAACACAGUGGUCCCUGUGCUGACACCUGCACACUCACAGCCACAGGUGCCUCCACUUUCAGCAUUUGCAGAGCACCCAGCCACUGUCUCGCAUUCUGUUGGGGCCGUCAUGCCACAGGCACCGUCAGCAGCAGCAGUCUUGUCGGCCCAUUCAGCAGGCCAGAUUUCUUCUGAUGCUGGCAGCAACAUUCCAGUAGUGGCAGCAGCAGGCAAUGCAGCAGCAGCCACCACCACAUUGCCUGUGUCGGCACCCUGCACCAUGCUGGAACCAGCUGUAACUCGGCCACAAGGCAUACCUCUUGAACAGCCGCCUGCAUCCUCUACUGCUGGGCCACCUGCAGCAGGUCGCUUUUCCCGCUUCCAUGUGACCCCUGUGCGUGAUGACCCUCUCCUUGGGAGUUCAGCCAGCCUGCCAUCGACGCCAUCAUCGUCUUUUACCCUGACCCCAACGCCGUCUGCGACCACUGCUCCUUCGGUCAUUGUGGUAGAGGCACCCACUGUUGCCACAACAGCCACCUCACCCAUUCCACCGAUGCCUCCAGCAUCGACAACCACGUGCCCCCACGAAACAACAGUUGGCAACCACGUCGAUGGGGAAUUGACCCGUGGUGGCUAUGUGGUAAGCACAGCCACUCAAACCAGCAGCACCGAGAUGAAAGCACCACCUGUGCCAGUAAGCUGUGGUCGCUUCCAAGUGACCACAGUCGUGGACGAUGUUGCAGCCACUGGUCUGGUAGCCAAGCAAAAACCACCAAUCGUUGACCUUGAUGAGCAUACCAAGUGGCAGCCCUCGCCCCCUCCGCUCUCUCGCCACACACUGCACCCUGAGCGGCCACCUGCCCGAGGUCGUCUUGCUGCGCAUCUCUUCAGCCAUGACUCCUCGUGUCAAACACUGGACGACAGCCCUGAUCCCUAUGCCACAUUCCCAUACGGUGCAGAGAGGCACUUUGACACAUCCCUUGAACUUGCCCUGGCCAAGAUUAUGCGUGGCUACCUGCGUUCUUCUGACUCUGGUGGCGACCUUUCGUCCCUGUCACAAGCCUCUCUGGAGUCACUGCCCCCGGCCAGUGAGGCGUGGAAAGUGCGCGUGCAUGUGCGCGAUGCCGAGGUGCAGACGGAGCGGCCGGUGCACAAGAAUGCCUGUGUGGGCACCCUGUCUCCCCAGUCGCGGCGUUUCCUGCUUUCCUUGGAGCCCCCGACCCUGGCCAAGGCACGCAGCCUAUCCUCCCUGAGCCCCAAGGAAGGCUGUGAGCGCUGUGCAGGCCUGAGCCCCGCAGCGUCCCCACCCUGGAGCUCCUCACCCUGCAGCUCACCACCACUGCAGCGCCACUGCAGUGCUCCACGCGCAAUCCCAGUGGGCAGUGCCGAGAGAGCACGUGGCACAAGCCUGGUUGACUGUGGGCGCAGCCUGUCCUUGAGCCAGUUCUUGGCAGCUCUCACCUCGGACAGGGAACCCGAAGAACCAGAUGACCCGGAGGAAUUCCUCAAGCAGCUACUAGCACGGCAGCAGCGUGAGCGAGAGGACUUGGAGAAUCGGCAUCGUCGUGAACUGGAGUGGUUGCGGCAGUGUCUUCGAGGGGCAGCGUGGCCACUGUGUGAUGCACCCAAUGGAGCAGGGCCACCUGCACGCCUGGUGCCACAUUCGCAGUCGGCACCACACUUCCUCCCACGUCACAUGCCACCUCUGUCACCUGAAUGGCACAGUCCUCCUCCGUUGCACAUGGCCUCCCUGGAACAACGAGGAGGCCUUCAUCGUUCCAACUCCGAGGGCCUCCCAACUGAGCCCCAUGGGGCCAGGGGCCGCACUCGAACCCUCACCGAUGACCUUCUCAGGUUGGUCCAGCUGAAUGGGGCAGUGCGGACGUCGUGCCCAACGUCCCUCAGCCCAGAGCCCAAACCGACGCUUCACCAGCUGAUGCAGCAGAGGCACAGCACAGUGGCCUUGAAGGAUGGGCCCCCCGUGUUCCCACCAAACCUGCAGUUCGGACGAGGCAUGCAUCGUCACCAGUGAAAGUGGUUGUUGCACUUCAAGCGCAGCGGUGCAAUAUCUUUGAACACCUUUCCUUGGCAGCCACAAAAGAAAAUUUCACUGCUCUCUUAUGCACUUUUUGUGCAGGAGUGUUUGCAGCAGAGCUUUGGGUAGUCAGGGGAAAAUGAAUUCCUCUACCACCACCAUUCCCGCACUGCUUUGGGGUGCUCGCUUGUUUGCGGGGCUGCAUUGUUUAUUGUUCCUCUGCAAUGUAGAUCAGCUCUUGCCUGCAGUCACUCACUUUUUAUUGGGUGGCCUUCUCAAGAACAAGAAAUGUGCUUUAAGUUCAGUGCUUUGAUGGAGAGCCUUUCCUUGAGCCUCAGAGCAGAAUGCGAUAACUUUCCAAGAAAGUGGUCUCCCUUUCUGUUAUUGGCAAAUCUGCUGCACGUGACAAAGGAUUGGAUGAACAGGCACCUUGAUAGAUAUGAGCAGUUGUUCCCAAUUAACUUAAAAGGAGAUACUGGUGAAAUCCUCCUCCUCCACAACGGAGUGGAGGAGCAGUCUUCCGUGAAAGUCAUGAUGUUUUUAGGUGUCCCAUUUUUAUCUCUUUCUUCAUAGUAUGCGAUGUUGGAGCGACUGUCCUGUGAGUGAAUGGUGGCCGAUGUGAGAGGAGGACAUGUGAGUGAGUGAUGACCACAGAUGUGAAGACAUCAUGGCACCUAUCCUUAUUUACUCUUUUAUUGCUGCAAGCAAUUUUUCUGGUGCUGUGGCAGCAGCAACUGGACAUUUAUUAGAAUGCUUGCUUAAGGAUGUAGAGAAAAAAUGCGACUUUCUAGGUAAUAUUCGUACAUAUUUAAUAAUAAAAAGAAUGCUGUAUAC